ACGUGAGUGCUCUAGGGCUUCUUCCUCGCUGGGACUACUCUGUGUUUUAUCACUUUGCCGAACUGUAACUUCCUCCAAUAAGCGAAGCUCGAAACCCUUCAGUUAAACCCCUAAAACCCAGCAGCAGCUUAAGCGCACAAAAUUCAUCAAUUUGGACUUCAACCAUGAACAGAAAGAGCAAAAUUAUGAACAAGAGGAAGAAAGUUCCACCUUCUUCCCAAAAGAACAAUAGAUUUUCUGAUCCGUUCUUCGAGCCGGCAGGUGGCGAAAGCAAGCGCCGCCGCCGCCGCAAUUUCGAGGAUGAAGACAUAGAGAGCAGCGACGACGAAGGAGAACACUUGUUGGGAGGGGAAGAAGAAAAGGAGGAUGCUGAAGAGGAGAAUGAAGUCGAGGAAUCUGCGGCCGAGAAGAAGAAGCGGAUGGCUUAUGCUUAUUUAGAAAAGGUUAGGUCUAUAGCCAAGAAGGAUGAGGAGGAUGCACCAAGCGGCGAUGAGAAAGAUAGGGAGGAUAUCGAGGGAAUGAGGGACUCUAUGGUUGCUAAACUUUUGCAGCAGGAGCAGCUGGAAGAGAGUGGUCGAGUCCGAAGAUCCAUUGCUUCAAGAAUUCAGAAACCAGAAGCUAGAGACGGAUUUCAACUUUUACUAAAACAUCAUCAAUCAGUUACUGCUGUGGCUCUCUCCGAAGAUGACUUGAAGGGGUUUUCAGCAUCAAAAGAUGGCACUAUAGUUAGUUGGGAUGUACAUAAUGGGAAGAAAGAAAAGUACUCUUGGCCUAGUGAUGAAGUUCUUAAGUCUCAUGGACUGAGGGAGCCACAAGGCUGGGCUUCGAAGCAUAGUAAACAUGUUCUAGCAUUGGCUGUCAGCAUUGAUGGCAGGUAUAUGGCAAGUGGAGGCAUGGAUCGUCAUGUUCAUUUAUGGGAUAUUCGAACACGAGAACAUAUUUGGGCUUUUCCUGGUCAUAAAGGACCUGUAUCGUGCUUAACAUUCAGGCAAGGAACUUCAGAAUUGUUUUCAGGGUCAUUUGAUAGAUCUGUGAAGAUAUGGAAUGUUGAGGAUAGAGCUUAUAUAAACACAUUGUUUGGCCACCAAGGAGAUGUUUUAACAAUUGAUUCAUUGAGAAAAGAACGAGUUUUGACCGUUGGGCGGGACCGGACCAUGCACUUGUUUAAGGUUCCUGAGGAAUCACAAUUUGUAUUUCGUGCUUCUACUUCUCUAGAAUCCUGCUGUUUCAUUAAUAAUGAUGAAUUUUUAACGGGUUCCAGUGAUGGAAGUAUUGAACACUGGACCAUAAAGAAGAAGAAACCCAUUCACACUGUCAAAAAUGCACAUGCUUCUCGUAUUGAACAAACAAGUACAGAAAUACUAUCAAAUGGUGGCAUGGGAAAUGAUGCCUCAAUUCCUGAAGGCGAUACUUCAUCUGCACUCUCCUGGGUUGGUGCUGUGGCAGUCUGUAGAAGCAGUGAUCUUGCUGCUUCGGGUGCAGGCAAUGGUCUAAUUCGUCUUUGGAAACUUGAGAACGAUUCCAGAUGCAUCUCUCCUUUGUUUGAGAUUCCAAUGGCUGGAUUUGUAAACUCCAUAGCUUUUGCAAAAUCUGGACGUUUCCUUGUUGCGGGAGUCGGAAAGGAACCUCGCCUUGGAAGCUGGGGCCGGAUUACUGGUUUUCAAAAUGGGGUAGCCAUGCAUUCUUUUGAGCUCAAGUGAAGCCGGUCGAAGGUUUGGUUACUGCAAGUUUUGUUCAAAAUAUAGGGAAGCUUUAAUUCUGCGUAAACGUGUUUUUUCUAGAAGAUUUCAAUACCUUUUGGAUGCCGAGGCUUUUCAUUCUUUAAAUAGAUCUUUUCAGAGUCGCAUCACUCAUAUGAAACCAUCUUUUUUGAACUCUUCACUGUUGCAUUAUUCAAUGUAUUGCCUGAUUUGCUUUCAUUUUUCCUCCUUAAGUCCCCUUUACUUGAGGGUUUUUGG